ACCAGAGCUAGCUAUCAGUGUUGCAAUAUCACAAGAUAGCUGGAUUUCCCCAUAUACAUCAAUGUUGGUAGUUGUGGCCAUGGACUGAUCAACCCAAUCAAGCUGAGUGAAACGGUCCAACAAGCUUUACGCGUGCAAAGAUGUUCGGUCGAUCUAGUAGUUGGGUUGGACGACAGGCGAAAUCCAAAAACAUCCAUUCACUGGACCAUUUGAAGUACAUGUACCAUGUCCUCACAAAAAACACUACAGUAACGGAUCACAACAGAAACCUUUUAGUAGAAACUAUUCGCUCCAUCACAGAAAUCCUUAUUUGGGGGGAUCAAAAUGACAGCUCCGUAUUUGAUUUCUUUUUGGAGAAGAAUAUGUUUGCCUUCUUUCUCAACAUCUUGCGUCAGAAGUCUGGACGAUAUGUCUGUGUCCAGCUUCUACAGACGCUCAACAUACUUUUUGAAAAUAUAAGCCAUGAGACAUCACUUUAUUACUUACUUUCCAAUAAUCAUGUGAAUUCAAUAAUUGUCCACAAGUUUGACUUCUCGGAUGAAGAGAUCAUGGCCUACUACAUUUCCUUCUUGAAGACCUUGUCCCUGAAGUUAAAUAAUCAUACAGUGCAUUUUUUCUACAACGAGCACACUAAUGAUUUUGCCCUGUACACGGAGGCCAUUAAGUUUUUCAACCACCCAGAGAGCAUGGUCAGGAUCGCGGUCCGGACUAUCACUCUCAAUGUGUACAAAGUGUCAUUGGACAACCAGCACAUGCUCCACUACAUUCGAGACAAGACCGCUGUUCCCUACUUCUCGAACCUCGUCUGGUUCAUCGGGAGUCACGUCAUCGAGCUGGACAAAUGUGUGCAGACGGAUGAAGAGCACAAGAACCGAGGGAAGCUGAGCGACCUGGUUGCCGAGCACUUGGACCACUUGCAUUACCUGAACGACAUCCUCACCAUAAACUGCGAGUUCCUCAACGAAGUGCUUACCGACCACCUGCUCAACCGCCUCUUCCUUCCCCUCUACGUCUACUCCCUGGUCGGUCAGGAACAGGUGAGACCUCCCCACCCCCGUUUGUUCAUUGUAUUGCAGACCCCCACAUUCCAUCAAGCACCCACACAUGCAUAAGCCUCAUGGGGGCAAUUGUUGUCGUUAGCUUAGCCGCAGUU